AUCGUUUAUAAAAUCUUAUACAAUCGCCAUAUCCAAAUAUUUCCUCUUUCUCAGUUAGCGUAGACAUGGCGUCAUAGGCUUAUUAUACCGAAUAUACCCCCUUUUCAAUCCUUACUCACCAUAUUAGGGUUCUUGAUCUCGAUCCGUUUAAACCCUAAAUCCAUAAAUUUUGCACUAAUUCACCGCCUUGAUAUCUGAAAAUUCAGAUUCUUGACAUUCUUUCUUUCUAAACUCAUACUAUCUCUCCAAUUUCUACUUAUUACCUCUUUAUUAUCUCGAGGAGGAGGGCAUUCGUUCUGAUUUUGUUCCGUGUGAUGAUCAUACGCAUAUAUUAAAUUCGCCGGUUGCAUAGAUGGACUUCGAUGGAGGAAAACGUGUUUUUAAUAGAUUAGGGCCGUCUCAGCAGCAUAACGAUAACAGAAAUCAAAAAGUAUGCUACCAUUGGAGAGCGGGCAACUGCAACCGGUUUCCUUGUCCCUUUUUACACAGGGAGUUAUCGGCGCCGGCUAAUGGAACGGCGUCCUCGAAGAGGCCUCAUGGUUUCUCCACCGACGAUCAACGAUCGACAACGGCACGGAGGGGUGGUGGUUCUAAUUUCAACGGCCCUAACACAUGGGGGAGGGGCGGUGGACGAGGAGGGAACUCUAUAACUAAUAAUAGUAGUAGUAAAGGAGCUGUUUUCAAGAAGACAGAGAAGAUUUGCAACUUCUGGGUACAAGGUAAUUGUGGUUAUGGGGAUAAGUGCAGGUAUUUGCAUUCAUGGUCUUCGGCCAAUUGUUUCGCGAUGUUAACACAGCUUGAAGGUCACCAGAAGGUUGUUAGUGGCAUUGCACUACCAGCUGGUUCUGAUAAGCUUUAUACUGGGAGUAAAGACGAAACUGUGAGGGUUUGGGAUUGCCAAUCCGGACAGUGUGCAGGGGUUAUUAAUUUGGGUGGUGAAGUUGGCUGUAUGCUUGGUGAAGGCCCAUGGAUGUUUGUUGGUCUACCAAAUCUUGUCAAGGCAUGGAAUGUGCAAACUUCUGCAGAGCUGAGUCUUAAUGGACCUGUUGGGCAAGUCUAUUCUCUUGUUGUAGGCAGUGAUUUACUCUUUGCAGGUGUACAGGAUGGGAGUAUAUUGGCAUGGAGGUAUAAUGUUGCCACUAACUGCUUUGAACCAGCUGCUUCACUUCAAGGGCACACAUCAGCUGUUGUGACAUUAGUUGUUGGGGCUAAUAGAUUAUACUCUGGUUCCAUGGAUAAAUCUAUACGAGUUUGGAAUCUUGAAAAUUUGCAGUGUUUACAAACCUUGACAGAUCAUACUUCUGUUGUGAUGUCGGUUCUUUGUUGGGAUCAGUUUCUUUUAUCAUGUUCACUUGACAAAACAAUAAAGGUGUGGGCUGCUACAGAUAGUGGGAACUUGGAAGUAACUUACACACAUACCGAAGAACAUGGCUUGCUCACUUUAUGUGGAAUGCACGAUCUAGAAUCCAAGCCUGUAUUGCUCUGCGCUUGCAACGACAACACUGUUCGUGCAUACGACUUGCCAUCGUUUGCUGAAAGGGGGAAAAUAUUUGCAAAACAAGAGAUUCGAGCUAUACAUGGUGGUCCAAAUAUAUUCUUCACAGGCGAUGGAACAGGAGAAGUUAGAGUAUGGCAAUGGUUGGCUGACCAAACACCCCAACCUUCAUCCGCAUGAGAGAUGAUAUAAAAUUCAGAUAUUUGUCCACUAUUUUGACUUUUGAGCGACUUUUUUCUUUCUUUGUAAUAUUUAACGUAAAAGUUUUUCUUUGGUUCCUUGUUGUGCAACGUAAAGUAAUUAUGGUCCGGAAAGAGAGAGCUAUCCAUGGUCAUUCAUUGUGAGAAGAGUAGCUCGACUCGAAGUUUAGGUUUUUGUUGCUAAAGUUUUGCAUAUUUGUGUAUCACAUUUUGGAUGAUUUUAUUUUUGUAUCAGAAACAGAAACAGAAAGAGGAGGCUGCAUAAUGGAAGUUUUCCAACUCGUUUGAUGUAAAC